AGUGUUGGUCAGUCUGGCAGGGUGUUGGUCAGGGGCUGGUCGUUAGUUUACCCUGAUGAACACACUGAUGGACGCCUGUGUCCUGCUCUCUGUGUGCCUCUCGAACCCUCAGCUGGUGGGGGGAAUGCUGCAGGCUGUGAGGCGACUGUCCACCUCCGUGUCCAGCAUGAAGCACGCAGUGCCCUGCAGAGAGGUGCAGUUUCCUGUCCCCUGGGGCCACAUCGCGGCCAAGGACUGGGGUCCUCGCGACGGGCGUCCAGUGCUGUGCCUGCAUGGGUGGUCAGACAACGCUGGGUCCUUCGACAGGCUGAUACCCCUGCUGCCCGCAGACUGCCGCUGUGUGGCGAUCGAUUUCCCGGGUCAUGGCCUCUCCACGCACCGGCCCGCUGGAGUCCUGUACACCUUCCCGGCUUACGUGGCUGACAUGCGGCGCGUCAUUGAGGGUCAGGCUCUCCCAGCACUGCUCUCGCAGUGAUCUGCUGCCUCAGUGAUCUGCUCUCACGGUGAUCUGGUGCCUCAGUGAUCUGCUGUAGCAGUGAUCUGCUGCCUCAGUGUCUCCUGUCGCAGUGAUCUGCUGCCUCAGUGAUCUGCUGCCUCAGUGAUCUGGUGCCUCAGUGUCUGCUAUAGCAGUGAUCUGGUGCCUCAGUGUCUGCUGUAGCAGUGAUCUGCUGUCACAGUGAUCUGCUGCCUCAGUGAUCUGGUGCCUCAGUGUCUGCUGUAGCAGUGAUCUGGUGCCUCAGUGUCUCCUGUCACAAUGAUCUGCUGCCUCGGUGUCUGCUGUAGCAGUGAUCU